GUACCGCUCCGGCGGGAAGGUAACGGCGCUCCAUGCAGUCAUGCCGGCCACAUGACCUUGGAGGUGUCUAUGGCCUUUUGUUGUUUAUUUGUUCAGUCGUUUCCGACUCUUCGUGACCUCAUGGACCAUCCCAGGCCAGAGUUCCCGGUUGGCCCUGGCCUCCCUCAGCUCCUUCAAGGUCAAGCCAGCCACUUCAAGGAUACAAUCCAUCCAUCUUGCCUUUGGUCAGCCUCUCUUCCUUUUUCCUUCCAUUUUCCCCAGCAUCGUGAUCUUUUCCAAGCUUUCCUGUCUUCUCAUGAUGUGGCCAAAAUACUUCAACUUUGCCUCUAAUAUCCUUCCCUCCAGUGAGCAGCCGGGCUUUAUUUCCUGGAGUAUGGACUGGUUGGAUCUUCUUGCAGUCCAAGGCACUCUCAGGAUUUUCCUCCAGCACCAGAGUUCAAAAGCAUCUGUUUUCUUUCGCUCAGCCUUCCUUAUGGUCCAGCUCUCGCAGCCAUAGGUUGCUAUGGGGAAUACCAUUGCUUUGACUCUGCGGACCUUUGUUGCCAGUGUAAUGUCUCUGCUUUUCACUAUUUUAUCAAGGUCGGCCAUUGCUCUCCUCCCAAGAAGUAAACAUCUUCUGUUUUCCUGGCUGCAGUCUAUAUCUGCAGUAAUCUUCGUGCCUAGAAAUAUAAAGUAGUUGUAGUUGGUGCCUUACCAAACUACAACCCCAAAUUUCCAUAGCAUUGAGCCACGGCAGUUAAAGUGAUGUAAAACUGCAAUAAUUCUACAGUAUAGAGCCAGCUCUUAUGAUAGGCUUAUUGCCAUAGGUCAGAACUGUUUUGAAGGCACACAACAACAACAACAACACGAUGUGCGUGUUUAAAGUCUUGAGGAAUGUAGUCAAUAGACUGCACUUUAGCCCCUUGAUUUCUUUGGAUGCAAGCGAUUAUUGACACAAACUGUAAACAUCUGCAGAGGUCUUUGGCAGAACAAGGAUCCUCUCUCAUCUUUCAACCAACUGUCUGUGUUUCAGGUAAACCAUUUAGAUGUGAAAUCCAAUGCCUUGGCACGUAAAAGGAGCUCUCAGCUUCUCCGGGCAAGGAACACAUCCCAAGUAAAGCUGCCUGCCAUUUUUUUCCCUUAAAAUUUCAGCUCAGCAGUAUUGCGUUUCUAAGCAACCAACAGAUGCUUUAUUCUUUCGGUUUCCUUGACCAAGAAAUUCAUUCCUGCAAAGGCACAGAAAGAAGAGAAAGGUAUCAUUUGGACUAGAUGCCUCGCUAAUGAUAUUCAGCCAGAUGAAUUCCAGAACUCAAAUCUUUUAAAACACCUGUUCAGCAGAAAGGGCAAAAAAGUAAAUACUAAGCUUGAUCUCCCCAGUUGUUAGAUUUGGUACCUGGAAAGAACAUAUAUUCAUGGAAAGAAAACAUUUGAAAAAAGAAAUUGAAAAACUUUUGGGAGAUUACAUUGGCACUAGACUUCGGGAAAAUGAAUUUGAUCCACAAGGAAAGCAGCAGACCACUUUUCUUGAUGACUUGGCUCACUAUGAUUUGGCAGUAAAUGUUGCUUUGCCUUGGCUCAAUGAUGCAGAAGCCACCAAGUCUCAGGGGAAAGAAAAAAUGAAAGUACAACUACAUGGCCGAUAUAUCUAUCCCAACCGAAUCAAGAGAGAAGCUAUGAUUUUGUCAUCGUAUGCUGGGAUGCUAAUGAAUAGCAUUCCGGUGGAAGAUGUCAUUGCCAUUUAUAACACUGGGCCUUCUGUAACACACUGGCAGAAUUCUGCAAAAGGCCACCAGAUUCACCCUUGCAAUCUCUCUCUGCAUCCUUUUGCUAUGUUGACAGCCCCCCAAGCUGCAGAACAUGCAAGGAAGCAGAGUGUCAAGUUUCGCAAGGCAGCAGCAAACCAAAAUGCCACCACCAACAGUUCAGUAAAAGGAAAGACUAUCAACUGACAAGAAGCAAGGCAUUUAUUUUCAAGAGAGCAGCUCCUUGAAGUAGAUUCUUUUUUGAAAAGUCAAACCAAAACAAACUCUGCUUCUCAUCGUCCUCUGGUUGGCUAGGCCAAACAAAGCAUUGGCCUCAUGUCCAAGUUGGCGUACAUAAGACUGCAGACUUUUUCAGCUGGAAAGCUUUUGUCUCCUCAUAAUUUCAUAUGUAAUAAUAGACUUUGCUGUUGUAAAGGAAUCGAUCUAUGGGUACUUCUUUGGUCUUUGACUCUGUUUGCAGGAACUCUUGAGGCUGUUUGGCUCUAUUUCUGCUUUUUACACAAUCAGAUUUCCAAAGCUUCUUGUAGAUGAAUUGUUCUAAGUAGAUGCUCUUCCAUCAUUUCUUUUUCAAACUGUUGGCAUUUCAUGGUGGUGAAAUGACUCUCCCACUGAUAAAAAAUAAGGAAUACCAUGAAAGAAACCUGCAUGUUAGUUAUUGUUACCAUUUUGACUGCAGAUGGCUUUCUUCUCAAUCUGAGGAUGUGAAUUAUAAUCCACGAAAAAUCAUGUUAAAAUGAAUCUGUUUGCAACACAAUUCCAUUUCUUUUUAUACUGCAACAAAGUGAUAUGUUUUCCUCCCAGAAAAAAAAUCCUUAUGUGUAACUUAUUGUGGGACAAUAUACUGAUAUUAAGAAGGACUCACCAGUGCUAGAUGGGAAAGGCAAACAGUAGGCAGGCUCUCUCCUUCUCAUUGGCCUUACCACACCACUGCUUUAUGUCAAGUUAUUUGAUUUGAAUCUCACCUUAUCCAAUCUUGUAAAAGUAGCUGAUUGUUGAUCCUCUCAAUUGCAUCCUUGCCACAUUUGUUUUUUUGAGAGCACCAUUUGCACAUUUUUAAAAUUGGCAUUUAUGAUAUCAUUACCGACUCCUGUCCCCUGGGCAACGUCCUUGCAGACGGCCAAUUCUCUCACACCAGAAGCAACUCAGGUUGCUCCUGACACGAAAAAUAAAAUCUCACUCUUCACUUCA